AUGGCCUGUUCUGCACAGGCAGAAAUGCAGCUUCACCCUUUCUUGAGGAGCGUCACAUUCAACAACAGUGUUGGGGACAAGAUGUUUUUUAAUGAUAAUGGUUUAUUAGAAGCUGGGUUUGACAUUAUCAACUGGGUCACAUACCCAAAUAAAUCUUUCUCGAGAGUGAAAGUAGGAAAAGUGGACCCACAAGCUCCACAGGGUAGACAAUUCUCAAUUAACGAGAAGAUUAUUCAAUGGCACCACAAUUUUAAUCAGGUUGCCCCUCUUGGCUUGUGUAAUGACCAUUGCCAUCCAGGUUACAAUAGACAAAGGAAAGAGGAGAGACCAUUCUGUUGCUAUGGCUGUGCUACAUGCCCAGAAGGGAAGAUCUCCAAUGAGACAGAUAUGAAUGAUUGUUUCAAAUGCCCAGAAGAUCAGUAUCCAAACAAGGAGAAAAACCAAUGCAUUCCCAAGGCACUAAACUUCCUCUCUUUUGAUGAAACUUUGGGCAUAAGUUUGGUCAUCUUGGCUCUGGCUCUUUCUGCAGUUACUGCUUUGGUGCUUGGCAUAUUCAUUAAACACCAGAACACUCCCAUCGUCAAAGCCAACAAUCAAAACCUCACCUACAUACUGCUCAUCUCCCUUCUGCUCUGCUUCCUUUGCUCAUUGCUAUUCAUUGGUCAGCCUCAGGUGCUUUCCUGCUAUGUACAACAAACAGCUUUUGGGAUCAUCUUCUCAACAGCAAUUUCUUCAGUCUUAGCCAAAACCAUCACUGUGGUUUUGGCUUUCAUUGCCAUCAAGCCAGGAACAAAGAUAAAGAAAUGGAUGGGAAACCAGUUUGCAUAUUCUCUUGUUCUCUGUUGCAUAUUUAUCCAAUUAAGCAUUUGUGUGGUGUGGCUAUGUACUGACCCUCCACACCCACAUCUAGAUAUGCACUCUCUCCUGGAAGAAAUCAUUGUGGAAUGCAAUGAAGGAAAAAACAACAUGUUCUAUUAUAUUCUAGGUUUCAUGGGAUUUCUGGCUCUUAUCAGCUUUGUUGUGGCAUUCUUUGCUCGUAAAUUGCCAGACAUUUUUAAUGAAGCUAAGUUUAUCACUUUCAGCAUUUUGGUUUUUUGCAGUGUUUGGGUGUCUUUUGUUCCAGCUUAUCUAAGCACUAAUGGAAAAUACAUGGUGGCUGUGGAGAUCUUCUCCAUUUUGGCUUCCAGUGCUGGGUUACUAGGUUGCAUCUUUUGCCCUAAGCUGUAUGUAAUUAUUUUGAGGCCUGAACUGAACAACAAAGAGCAACUGAGAAGACAUAAUAAAGAAAGAAAUACCUGA